UCGCUGACGGCCGGCGCCACCGCCCGCGUCCCGCCCGCCCUGAGAGCCUUCGGGGGUCUGCACUCGGCCCCCGGCUCCAAGGCCCGCAGCUCGGGGGCCCGGGAGUUCUCGACUCGCUACCUGCAGCAGAAGGUUGAUCAUUUUGGAUUUCAUACUGAUAAAACUUUUAAACAGAGAUACCUAGUUGCUGAUAAAUACUGGAAGAAAGAUGGGGGAUCAGUACUAUUCUACACUGGAAAUGAAGGGGACAUUAUCUGGUUUUGCAAUAAUACGGGGUUCAUGUGGGAUGUGGCUGAGGAAUUGAAAGCUAUGUUGGUCUUUGCUGAACAUCGAUAUUACGGAGAGUCCCUACCCUUUGGCCCCUCGUCUUUCAAGGAUUCUAAACACUUGAAUUUUCUGACAUCAGAACAAGCUCUGGCUGAUUUUGCAGAGUUAAUCAAACACUUGAGAAAAACAAUAAAAGGAGUUAAAAAUCAACCUUUCAUUGCCCUAGGGGGCUCAUAUGGUGGCAUGCUUGCAGCCUGGUUCAGGAUGAAAUAUCCCCAUAUGGUUGUUGGAGCUCUUGCAGCCUCUGCUCCCAUUUGGCAGUUUGAGAAUAUGGUACCUUGUGGUGUAUUUUUGAGUAUUGUCACUAAAGAUUAUAAGAAAAGUGGCUCAAAUUGUUCAAGAAGCAUUCGUAAGUCCUGGGAUGCCAUUAACCGACUUGUAAAUAAAGGUACUGGCUUGAAUUGGCUUUCUGAAACCCUUCAUUUGUGCAGCCCAUUAGAAGAUUCUGAUGAUGUUGAACGCUUAAAAGAUUGGAUCUCUGAAACUUGGAUCAAUCUCGCUAUGGCGAACUACCCAUAUGAGUCAAACUUUUUACAGCCUUUGCCUGCUUGGCCUAUCAAGGUGGUAUGCCAGUAUUUGGAAAAUUCCAAUGUGAAUGAUACGCAGCUGCUGAAGAAUAUUUAUAAAGCUCUGAAUGUGUAUUAUAAUUACUCUGACCAGGCAAGCUGUAUGAAUCUAUCAGCGACAGCAACUAGCAGUCUUGGAACGCAGGGCUGGAGCUAUCAAGCUUGCACAGAAAUGGUCAUGCCUUUUUGUUCUAAUGGCAUCAAUGAUAUGUUUGAGCCUCACCCAUGGAGCCUGAAGGAGUUUUCCGAUGACUGUUAUAAACAGUGGCACGUAAGACCAAGGCCCUCUUGGAUCCCUACUUUGUAUGGAGGCAAAAAUAUCAGUUCCCACACAAACAUUAUUUUCAGCAAUGGCGAACUAGACCCCUGGAUGGGAGGUGGAGUAACCAGUGACAUUACGGAUACCUUGGUUGCAAUAAUGAUACCAGAGGGGGCCCACCAUCUAGAUCUUCGUGCCAGCAAUCAUUUUGAUCCUGUGUCUGUGUUACUAGCUCGCUCCUUGGAAGUUAAAUAUAUGAAGCAAUGGAUUCAAGAUUUCUAUGACAGUCAAAGAAAGAAGUACUAAGCAACUUUUGAUUAUUUGCAGUUUUUCUUUUUUCAUGUUCACUUCGCCCAUAUUCACUUUGGUUUCUCUUCAUAAUGAGCCCCACCUUUCCCCCCACGCUGUUUAUCAUUAUAUUUAGGGAGGUGAAUCUUGAGAUAGACGAGAAUCAUUCCACAGCUCAGGUCCUUGCUGUCUUGGUGCCACCACCUCUGGUAAGAGCUUCUUUGUGACAGCUUUCCUCUACCAUGAGGCACCCUCCUAACUGGAAUAGAGUUCCUGACUGCCUUUUGCAAGAGAAAGACCUACUUCUUUGUUUCUUUGCAAGCUGAGAUUUCUUUCAUCUUUUUUGUUUGUUUUUUUGGCCACACCCGACAAAGAUCAGGAGUUCCUCCUGGUCUGUCCUCAGGAAUUUCUCCUGGUGGGUCUUGGGAGACCAUAUGGGAUGCCAGGGAUCGAACCCAUGUUAGUCGCAUGCAAGACAAGUGCCCUCUCUGGCCUGAGAUUUCUUUCAGCUUUGUGAUUGAAGUCGAGCUCAUUUGUUACUUCUCAUCUCUGCCCUACCUAAGUGAAAAGACUAAGAUAGAUUAAAAAAAUAAUAAUAAUGUAAUUGCAGGUGGUAGGGAGGAUGUUGAUGCCAAUCCAGGAAAAGGGAACCCUUUCUUUUGUACUUGAUUUAAUGACUUUGAUCUGUUCUGUUAAUAAAGAAUAAGGCUGGACCUUC